AUGAUUAUGUCUUAUUGUAUCUGCAUGGACUCCUUCGAUGUGGCCUUGCGCGCCCCUCGCGUCAGGUUCAGCCUGCGCUCCUUUGUCCUCGGCGUCGCCGUUGUUGUCGGCGCACAGCUGCUGCUGCGGUGGCUGCUGCGCACCGCGUGGUUCCGCGGCGCGGUCGACCAGGCGCGGCUGCUGGCCGGCCUGCCCGACGGCCUCUGGUGGCGGGGCGGCCCGCAGGACCGCGAGCCGCGGCGCGUCGCGGGCGGCCCGUACGGCUGGGACGACGAGGUGUACAGCUUAGAGGAGACCAGCAGCGGCGAGGCCGACGGCGACGGCGGCGGCGCCGCCGACAGCGCGGCGGAGGCGGCGGAGGAGGCGGAGCCGGCGGCCGGGUACGGCGCGUUCGGCGACGCGUUCGGCGUCGGCCGGCGGCGGCGGCAGCUGCUGCUCACGCAGAAGGCCGAGCGUGCGCGGCGGCGGGAGCAGGACAUCGCGGCGCGCAUGAUCGAGAGCGACGACGGGGAGAGCGUGGAGUGGGUGAACAUGUGUAUCCGCAAGAGUUGGCGGGUGUUCCAGCGCGGGCUGGAGCGGUGGUUCACGGACCUGCUGCAGCCGGUGUUUGACAGCCUGCUUGAGAGAGCGUCCCGCGUGCCAAGCGCGCCGCGGCCCCCGCCCGACGCGCCUGCCGGGCCGCGCGCGCAGGCCGGGAACAUGCGGCUGGUGCAGCGGCUGCGGAUCGUCGAGUUCACCCUGGAUCACGAGGCGCCGAAGGACUCUGACCUGAACGGCGUGGUGGACGUGCGCUACACCGGCGGCGCGCGCAUGCUGCUCGCGCUGGAAGUCGGUGAGGGGCGGUGGCGCUUCAAGGUGCCCGUGCUGGUGUCUGACCUGGACGUUGAGUGCGCACUGUGGCUCAAGCAGCCGCCGCUGCCUGGCGAUGCCGUCGCUCACGCGGUUGCGGCCACCAUGACGGCCAGCGCCGCCGCCGCUGCCUCGUGCUGCCUGGUGCUGCCUCGUGCUGCCUGGCGCGACGUGUCGCUGCCGUCGCCACCGCUGGCGGCGCGGUCGCUGCUGCUGCCUGCUGCUACUGCCGCCACCGCCGCCGCUGCUGUUGUCCUGCGGCUGGCGCCGAUGUGCCCCUGGAUCGGCACGAUCAGCCUGGCGUUUGUGGGGCCUCCCGCGGUCAAGGUGCAGCUGUCGCCCUACAACAGGGUGCGGCUGAUGCGCAUCCCCGUGCUGCAGCCCGCCCCGUCCCGCCCCAACCCCAACCCUGCUGCCACCCCCAGUCGUUCCUGA